AUGAAAGCAAGGUGGCUUUUCUCUCUCUUUUGUUUGCUCUCAAUGCCCAGUGUCACAGGUAAGAGUGCUGAUCUUUUUUUACAGACAGAAGUGGUCCACGCUCCACCAGGUACUGACAUCACCCUGGUGUGCAUGUUCCCAAAAUUGCACAGCACCCACAUCAUACAGACACAGUGGUCCAAGACUGACGGCAGCCCCUUUACCAAAAUAGCUGUAAAUCACCCCACCUAUGGCACCCAUUACUUCAAGUUUUCUGAGGCUCCUUACAACUUUUCAGUGUCCUUCAGCACAAGGAUACGCUGCAGUGGUGAUGACACAGGGUCCUCGUGUUCCACCAAUCCAAAUGCCAUGUCUGAAUGCAAUUGGUUGCUGCACCUGGAAAAUAUUACCGUGUCCCUUACUGGGCAGUACGAAUGCAUUUUUGCUACCUACCCAUAUGGAACAAAGGCUGCAAAAAUUCAACUUACUGUCAAGGCAGAAGAGGAGAGGCACUACCUGAAGAAAGUGUGGUUAAAGCAGAUUUUAGAAAUUCCAUGCCUUGAGGAUGAGACCUCAGAAAAUUUGUCCACUUAUCCUUUGAAAUGGCUAGUGGAUGAAGAUGGGUGGGAAGAGGAACUUGUGACCAAGGAGCCCUCCUGUCCUGCUGUGUACAGAAACAGCAGCAUGCUGUACGGGCAAAAAGUCCUCCUGAGUUUGAACAACACCCUAAAGGUUUUCCCCACCAAAAUCACUUAUGAUGGCAGAGUCUUUUCCUGCCAUGUGCUGUACCACCCAGACAGAGUCCAGAAGAGCAGCACCAUUGUGAGAGUAUUUGCUUACCCUGAGAUCUUCAUUAGCUUGGAGGAGAGCUCAGCCAGCACCUCGCAGAAGCCUAAUGUGAGCUGUGUCAUGAGGAAGGCAUUUCCCAAGUCAAGCCUCCUGCGGUACAUGGACAGAGCAAACGUGACAGAACAGCCUGGAGAAAUUUCUGUGGUACAAGAAGACUUGCAGGACACUGAAGAUUUCUAUGAGUUGAGAUUGACACUGAUGUUCGAAGGGACCCAUAAGACACAUAAGACAUUCUCAUGUGUGUGUCUGUUUCCCUUCCUGGGAAAUGAUAUGAAGAUUAUUUCAUCAAAAGAAAUAUUUGUUUCCUUUCACAAUAAGUCUAAUGAAGCUUUAGCUGAAGUUUUUACUACCAUGGUUUCAGAUGAGCACCAGUCGACAUCUGUGGCCUCUCUGGAUUUCACAAAUCCAGCAAAUUUGACUCCUGCUUCCACAACACAAGCAAGAGCGCUAACUUCUACCACAGAGGCAAAAGGCUACACCAGUGCCACGGCAUUCAGCGAGGCUUUGACAACAGCACGUAACCUGUCCUACAGCAUCACAGAUCAGACAAUUUCAGUUAUCAGAGGAAAAGAUUUCUUUCCUACCAGCAGCCUGCUGAACACUACUGGUGACAGGAGGAACGCCAAAGCCAGUGGCUUCCCCUGGCCAACAGCGGUAGCUGUCCUGCUCCUCCUCUGCAGCACUCUGGUAGCUUUAGGCAUCAGGAAAUGGUGUCAGUACCAGAAAGAGAUUAUGAACAGACGUCCAUCUUUUAAGCCACUGCCACCUCCAAUAAAGCACACCUCCAUGGUAGAGUCUGAUGGGACUCCCCCAUCCUGCCACGAACUAGAAAGCCUGUAACACCACCUGCACCCCUUGUGUAGCACACAGAAGACUAGCACAGUUAAAAGGCUCUGCCUUUGGAACAGUGGUUACGGGAGCUUGGUGGUAAUGACACAUAUUAAAAAUCAGAGCUCCUACAUGACAUUAAUUUUGGAAGCUGAGCACUUCUUGGGAGACUCCUUUCAUCCUGUGUAUCUCUAUGUGUGCACUACAUUCGUAGUAAGUGUCGCUGUGAGAUUACACAUGCUUAAUUUGAAUUGGGUGAUGAACUAGGAAUUUGCUAUCUUGUCCAUGGUAGCAGAUUAACACAUGAGUCUGCCAGCCUGACUGAAGAGUGUUGAAGCUUGUCCAUCUAUUCGAUGUAUAGAGAUGACAACUCUGCUGUAUGAACAUCACAGGUACUCAGCAAACAGUGGCUGAACACAAGAUUUUGAGACCUACACGAGCUGUUAUUGCAAUUAUUUAUUUUUUAUUGUGGACUAAUAUAACCCAACAUGUAAUUUUCUAUCACUGUGAAACCAAAAGAAAGAAUCAGCACCGUACACAGACAGAAAAUACCCUGCAUCUCUUGGCACAGGAUUGCAGCACUGGAUCAUGGAGGGUGGUUGGUGAGAUGAAAGAUCACCAGCCCUGGUGCAAGUGUAUGCAGAGAAGUCCCAGCUGUCAUUGGUGAAGUCACAAGAAAGUCAAUUUUGGUCCAGAGUCUUAAGAACUGAAGCAAGCCUAGAGUUAAUGGAAAAUUCUAGUCCUUUUGGAAGCACUAUGCCUUUGAAAUAAUACUUACUUUUAAGUCUGCUUUUCAGAAAUUAUAUUUACAGUAUAUGUGAAGGAAAGAAAUGUACUACUUUUAUUUUUCUUUGGUCUUAAUGAGCUUUCAUCACAUACUAUCUUCACAUUUUCCAAGACCUCAGGGGCAGUUUCCCAGGUGAACUUAAGCAUAAACUUAAGCCACAGGCUUAAGCCUGUGAAAGAGAUGAUCCAGUCUUCCCCCUGUCCUGCCCAAGCUACAGAUUUCCUCAUAUUGACACUAAUGAAUAAAUGACGGUGCAGUGGGUGAGCUUGGCUUGGCCUUUUGCACAGCUCUCAGCCAGGUCAGCAGCUGUGUGAUCACCAGUGCAAGGUACCAGAGCUACAGGAGGAGCUCUGCUUUUGGCAGCAACUGCGGUACCUUCAGGCAGCCAAGAAACAAACCAUCCCUCUGAGCUUGUUUAGAAAUGUAUUGUUACCGCAAUGGUAUUUCUGUAAUUAAUGCAAAUCAGCUAAAUUUCAAUUAUGUCAGGCUUAAAAUUGAUAUUUUGAUUUAGGAAUGGGAUUUGCUUUAUUUACUGCUAAACACUGGUCAAUGAGUGUCAGGGUUCAGAGCACUGUAUUUCCUGGGACUUUAGA